UUCCUCCCAUCCGCCCUUUCCGCUUUCUUGCUUUUCUUGGCAUGCCUUUGGGCAUUUUCGAUCGGCAAUGUCGCGAGAAAGAAGCAACUACGUUGUUUUGUUCGCGAUUCGCUUCUCUCUGUUCUUGUUUUGGUCGAACGUUGUUUGCGCUUCUUCCAAUGGCACCGCGAGCGGCUCUCGCCGGUGUCCGUUUUGACGUGUCGUGCGUGUCGCGCCGCCAUUGCUUGUUCUGGUGGCGAGCUUUUUGCCUGGUCCCAUUUUUUUCGUUCUUGGCUCCGGAGCAGCUGAGGCAAGAUCGGUGGUGUCCGCUUCGUGUAGCGUGAUGCGGGAGGCGUGUCUUUUCUUGCUGUGGAUGGAGUUGUGGGGCUGUGUGUUUUGGCUGUUUGGUCGAGUAGAGAUGAAGAAAGCGAUCGAACAGUGACAAUUCUUUGACCCCGUGCCAGUUUUUUUAUGCGCCCUUUUCUUUCUGGACACAGUUGCUGAUGAGAAACACUGUCGCGAGCGGGAUUAAAUGAUGGGUCGAUCUUGCAUUAGUAUUUGCUUGAGCUCUCGCUGAUUCCCAUUUUCAGUUUCAGGAUGAUCCUUGUGAUAUAUGUGGUGAUGUUGGUUAUGCUGAGUUGAUGGUAACAUGCUCAAGUUGUCCUGCUCGGCAACAUAUUUACUGCGCGGCACAAAUUUUUCAUGAAGUCCCUGAAGAUUGGUAUUGUGAAGAUUGUCAAUCUACUGACCACGCGAAUCUGACAAUUUCCCAUUUGCAAGAAGAAUCCAUUGCAAUGGUCUCAUCACCGAGCAGUAGAGAAGCUCCAGAUACCGCUUCUCCAUCGAUAAUUAAGAGGCAAGCUUAUCCAAAAUGGCAAAGAACUGCCAAACCCCGCAAAGUGAUGUAUCUUCCUACUGAAGAAGUCAUCAAAUUAUCAGCAAGAGAGAGAACGACAUCUUCUUGUAGUCAUAUGUGCCUAAAACCUGCGGCAUCUAGUACACGGCGGAAUCCAUUGAAGUCCAAGGUCUUUGCUUCAAAGUCCCCUGUGAGGGCAAAAGGCAAUCAACAUUUAAUAUCUUCAGGUUGCCAACAUCCAUUAAAAAGUCAAAGCUUGAAUAUAGGUUCAUCAAUUAAUCGGCAGCAUGACAUCUCAGUAGCAAAAGAACUGAAAGACAAGAAGGAUCUUGUUCAGCAGCCAGAGAAGCAUGUCGGUGAGGAGCAGUCGAUGGAUAUUGAUGGACUUUCCUUUGAAAGGGAAGAAUCCAUUCGGGCAAAGGAAGAAUCUAUAGAGUCCUUGUCACCCAUUUCACCAUCCAGAUCUUCUCAACCCAUUGAUAAAUCAGGAGGCAACAAUGAUGCUGCAGCAGAAUAUGGUUAUACUUUUGAGGAGACUAGAUUCCUGCACUAUAUUCUACCUAAACUCGAAGUAUGUCGGCCUUAUCUUCCUGCUCUAUCUGCAACAUGGAGCGGAAGGUUGAAAUUUCUGGGUGAUGCUAUCCCCGAUGAUAGCAGCUAUUUGUUCCGUGCGCAUCCUCCAUGCAGUGUUCAUAGGAAAGCAUAUGUGCUUUCACUGCAUAUGCCUUUGGAGAUUUGUAUGGAGCCGAUCCCUCUGACCCAUAUUUUGACAGACAUAUUUCAAAAUGAAGGUCCUGGUAUCGGUGACAUUGGUUUGUACUUUUAUCCUGCAAAUACUGUUGAUAGGUACAUUGCAAAAUAUUCUGCCCUUGUUCAACUCAUGGUUAGCCAGGAGUAUGCAAUGAGAGGUGUUAUCAAUGGUGCGGAGUUGCUGCUAUUCACAUCAAAAGAAUUACACGUGGAUUCACAUUUGUUUAUUGUGGGGUUGCAAAGCGAAUACUUCCUGUGGGGAAUCUUCCGCAGUGCUAAGAGUACUCUUGAUUGUGAAAGUUUGCAUGAGGAGCUCAAUGUUCAUCCACCUCUUUCUGUUGAAGACCACUCAAAUAAUGGUUAUCCCAAUAGCAACAAGAGCGGCACAAUUGUCAGUAUCACUGGAAUUGAUGACCUCUCAACGAAUUUUUUCAAGGGGGGCGGUACAAGCCAUGAAGAAGGAACUAUAGAUGAGAUUGCUUUGCCUGGGACAGACUUUCCGGAGAGCUUUCAGGAACAUGCCCGAGAUGUGGUCGUGGAUCCUGUAACAGCUAAUUGUACCAGUUCGCCACUUGUUAAAAUCACAUGCUGCCCCACAUUUAUCGUGAAAAGAGAAGAUACAUGUUCUGAACGGGUAUAUUCAUCCAGUGGAGUGGAAACCCCGAAACAAUCAAAUCAGCAAGUGAAAGUUGAAGUUGAAGAGAUUGCAUUAGAUAAGCACGACUUCGUUGAAAGGAGUCCGAAACUACUGCCUAAGAUAGAGAAACCCAAUAAAAAGGUCGGUUUGCUGGAACUUGGCUGUUCGUAUAGGAAUUGGGUCAAGCUGAAUACCAGUGGAUUCUCCAGGGGAAACACAGGUUCUGCUGGAGCUGGUGGAACAGUGCACACCUCAUCUGGGAAUUGGGUUUUGGGUUAUAGCCUUAAUCUGGGUAAGUGGAGUAGUUUGGUAGCAGACUUGUGGGCUAUCUUUCAAGGUUUGAAAUUGGUUUGGGACAGAGGGUACAGGCAGGUUCUGGUGGUGUCGGACUCUUGCACGGCAUUGGAGUGUUUGAAGACGGCUCCGCAGACAAGCGAUCCGAACAGCGAUCUUAUCCAAAGUUGCAGAGACCUCAUGUCACGCGAUUGGGAUUGCAAUGUGGGUCACAUAAGCCGAGAAAAGAAUGCCGCCGCCGCUUGGUUGGCGGACCAUUCAGAACUCUAUCCUUGGGGGCUAACUGAAUUAGAUGACCCACCUCAGGAAUUAGCUCAUAUUUUGAAGAACCAGGACAACGGGAUCUCCCCGCCAAGUUGAUUGUUUGGCCCCGGGAUUGCUUCGGCCGAAGAGCACGAAAAGGAAGCUAUUAACCAACAACCUCCCUGACUCCUCUAGGCUUAGGAAAUUCUAAAACAUCUCACGGCUUCUUGUAUAGCCCCUAGGUAUUGUAUAGCUGGUUUCAGAUACUAUGAAAUUACCAAUUGUAAAGAUACUGAUCAUCCCCUGAUUCAGUGUAGGCUUUGGAAGUGGCAAACUGUGAAGUUGCUGUCCAAAACCAAUUCCGCAUCUUUCAUGGGCUGUA